AUGUCUGUUGUAACCGAUCCAACCAGCGCUUUGACUAGCGCUGAGGCAAGCGCAGGCCCCGCGGCACACACGAGGCAACAGACGGCGGCGAGAAAAGAGAAGAUCGCGCUUCUUCAGGCGCAGCUCGCUGCUUUGGAGCUCGAGAACUCUGAGCUGGAAGGAGACUCCAAGAACGAUGAGGAGACACCUCAACAGGAUGAAGAUCUGAAGGAUCUGACGAAAGCGCACCAGGGUCAAGGCGGCGUGAUCAAAACUGAAACGGACGUCGAGCCGCAAAAGCUGGCUUCGUCAUCGUCAGUCCCACCGCCAGCGGUCUCAACCCCGGCGGUCCACCAGCCCGCACCCCGUCCGCAGGCAGUCGACUGGCAGCCCGCCAAGGCGCCCAAGCUGCUAGCCCCCUCGUUCGACGGCACGGCGGCAAAGCUGACCCAAUACGAGAAGGACUUGAAGCGUUACCGAUCGUACUUUCCAGAGGAGAGAUGGAACGAGAUCCUGUCUCUCACCUUGGUCGGGUCGGCCGCCGAUUGGUUCGCCUCUGGCAGCGACAAGGCGAUUGUCAACAUGAGCAAGCUGUCGGUGUUGGAGAUCCAGACGGUCCUCGACAAGUAUGCGGAGGUGUCGGGUCUGUCAGAAAGCGAGAUCGCGAAGGCUAUCUGGGCCGCCAUGUCUUCCGAAGUCUACCAGUUCGCGCGGAUGGAAAAUAUAUCCAAGGAUCUCCCGCCGUCUGAGCUCAUGGCGAGCCUAUGGGCGGUGCAGGAGUGGGAGAGCCGAAAGGUCACAGCGGCGCCGCCUCAACCGCAGCCGCAGCCGAGCUACAAGGCGCCGUUCUAUGGUCAGCGUGCGGCUCAACCGAAGCAGCAGCCUUCCCAGCCGCAGAAGCAGCAGACCAGCGUGGUGGCGGCGGUGGCGUUCGCGGAGGCUAUGGCGGCCAAGUACAACUUGUCGGCGGAGGAGCUCGAGAGACGUCGUCGUGAGCACCUUUGUUUCCGCUGUGGCUCUGGAACCCAUCUCAGGAAGACAUGCGGUCAGGCCCCGGCGGUGGCGGCAGUUCAAGGAGUCGGGCGAUACGAAGCGUUGACACAGCAGGUGCAAGUCGCGUGCGCGGGUUCUUCUGAUACCGCGAUGCAGGUGCAAGCUCUUAUUGACACUGGAUCGGUCGCCACAUUUGUGAGCCGUGCUGUAGCAAAUACACUUCGUGCCCCCUCAUUUCCAGUUCCAAUGAUCAAGUUGAGGACAGUGACGAAAGAGGAGAUGAAGGUGCGCGAGGGCGUGGCGCUGCGAGUUACUUUGGCGGGCCGGCAGUUGUGGGUCCAAGCGAUGAUCCUGGAUGGGCCGGUGGUGCCGCUCCUGUUGGGCAUGGAUGUGCUGGCGGCGGCAAAUCCUGUCAUCGAUCUGGCGACUCGGACGGUGCGGUUCGAGAGCAUGAAGCCGGUUCGUGUCAGAGGCAAGGGCAGUCUGGGCUCGGGCGUCAUUGGCGUGGUGCAGCAGGACGAGGCUGCGCCCGCGGUGGUGGCGAAAGCGGCGGACGUGCAGAACGAGGCUAAGCCGGCGGUGGCGCAAGUGGCGCGGGACGAGGCUAAGCCGGCGGUGGCGCAAGAGACGGAGGCUCAGGACGAGACUAAGCCGGCGACACAGGCCAAGCCGGCGCAGGGCGAGGCUCAGCCAGCGGUGGCGACAGAGGCCGAGCCGGCGACGGCGACAGAGGCCAAGCCGGCGGCAGCAGCGGAAGAGGCGAAGCCGGUGGUGACAGGGACCAAGCCAGCGCCGGUGGCGAUCCAGCGGGAAGCGUCGGAGGCGAGGUUGCCGUCGUCAGUGGUGGCGUUCCGGCGGCGUCGGAAGCGACAGAAGCGG